AGGGAAGAAUUUGGAUAGACCAUAAAAUGGUGGACUAGCAUGUCCCUAUCACUCUCAGACGAACUAACUGUGUUAUUGUGUGUACUUGGUGUUAUUAUUUUUAUCUUCUUUGUUUUCAUGGUGUUCUUGUGUUUCGAAUGUCUGAGGCAGAAAGAAAACCAGCCAGAAGGUGGGGACAAUCUGCGAUUUUCUUGGCUUUCAUUUCUCAGUGUCAAUCAAAAAGGUGACAACGGCGAGAGAUUAGGAAAUAAAAGCAUUUUCAACUUCUCAAAAAAUAAGGAGCAGCCCCCAGCAGCUGUUCCAACAGAGACUUAUGUUCUUAAUGACUCUAUCAAAUCAUCUUAUGUUGAUAUUGUUCCUCAAAGUAAGGGUAUCUACAAAUCAAUAGCGCAAGACUCUGAUUCUGAAUCACAAUUCUCAUUUACAUCGGAACCUGAUCAGCGUAGAUUCUCUCAUUUUGCACCCUUGGAAGCAUCAACAUGUGGGACUAUUGUGUGCUCCAUUAAAUUUUAUCAUUUCGCUAAUAGACUUGCUGUAAGAGUUGGUGAAGUUCAGCUUAAUCUUGUUGAUAACUUAGUCGUCAAUCCUUAUGUAAAGCUUCAUCUACUUCCCGAAUAUAAGCGAGGUAAUCGACAAACCACCCGAGUCAAGCGGAACAGCACCCUUUUCGUGUGUGAUGAGGACUUUUUAUUCGGUGUUGGUUCACGUGAAGUGAGAACCAAGUCGCUUAGUCUGCAGGUGUAUGAUUAUAAAUCUAAUACGAGGCAUAUGUGCAUCGGAAAAGUAAACAUCAACCUGGGAGAUUAUGAUUUUAAAGAUGAAGAUAAACCACUGUCUUUAAAGAGACAUAUUAUUCCUUAUAGAGAAUCUCAGGAACAGUUUGGUGCAUUGCAGGUUGCUUGCAGUGUCACUUCAGAAACUCUGCGGAUCGGAAUCGUUAAAGGGGAGGGAUUAGUUCCAGUCGAUAUGUCCGGAACGCUGGAACCCUACUGCAGGAUUAUGGUUCACAUAGGAUCUGAGUUGGUUCAUAAGAAGAAAACGUGCAUCGCCGAAGCUAUUAACCGGUCACCAGUUUGGGAGGAGUAUUACACGCUGGACCUGCCCGCUAAAACGCUCCUCUGUGAUAUUUCCAUAACAAUAGAGAUACGAGACCACCUACGUAACUCACGGUCUACCUCGUAUCUCCUGAUGGGUCGUGUAACCCUCUCCAACUCUACACCCGGACACGGACAAACCCAGUGGGAACACGUGUGUUCACAGCGCGGCACCAUGGUUACUGAGUGGCAACCCAUCCUACCCUGAACAUAACGAGUGGCAACUCUCCCUACCUUUAACAUACUGAAAACACCAAAACUUCGACAAAACCAUCAUUAUGUACACGGGAUUUUCGUUUUUACUUAGCUGUCUGAUUCUUUUAAAUAUAUAUAGGAGUGAGAGGAUAGUUUCAAAGAUAUUUGUGGAGAAUUUUCGUGGUAGAGCUGAAGGGAAGAUGUUGUUUGUUACUGACAGAGCGUUAGUUAGACCACGUGAUUAGCCGCCCAAUUAGCCGCCCAAUUAGCCGCCCUAGUAUUGACUUAGCUAUUGACAGUGUCACGGCCUGUACGCUAAUACCGGGUUAGUUACGUAAAAGUUAAUCUAUUGUUAGGACGUGUGUUUCUGCCCGGUCAUCAGUCGACUUAACGCACACACAGUCAGAAACUUGUACAUAAUUGUCGCUCCUCUCCUCCUGAAACACAACAUUAUCGUCAAUUUUCUUGGGCGGAAAAAUGGGUGGGAAAGAUCCGUUUGCUAGCCCGACUAAGGAUUACUCGUAACGGAAAAUUCCAGAGACGUGCUAUUUUGGGAAGUAUUUAGGUUUAGCCUCCCAUUUGGGCUGGGUGUAAGCCGGGAGGAGGGCGGUGCUGUUCAAUAACAAUUAAGCUACCCUCUAAUUCUCUAUUGUCAUCUAGAAUUAAUCUCAUUAAAUUCAGAUAAUAGAGCUAUAUAAUAACAGCCGUGUCUUUGACCAGCUGUUGGAUCACAGGAUACCAGAUAUCUGAGAUCUACGGGUGCGGCAUGUUGGGAAUGCAGGUGCGGCAUGUUGGGAAUGCAGGUGGAACGCUAUCUUCGCCCCUUCUACUCGCUCUGGCAGUGCCUCUUUGGAUAGUUGUGUAACAUUUGUAUAGAAUAGGUGGGACUCAUUGCAGCAGGUGGUCACUUGUCAAAGUCAGCCAAUUGUAGAGCGAAAGUUUAGUCAUCUGGUAUUGAAUUGACCAAUGAAGGAGCAGCUAUCUGCGCAACAUUGUGUGCAAUUGACAACGAAAUGAAUUUUAUUCACCUGAAGUUAGGUGGUACACGUGUUAAGGUAUGUUUACUGGUUCAGUUAUAAUGUAACAUCUGGGUGUAGAAAAUAUCGUGGUUCACAUUUAAUGCAGACAGGUUCCAUAAACUUACAGACAUGAAUGUAAGACUGGAAGAAGGAACAAAAAAAACCGAAAUAGAAUAUACGAAAAGAGGGAAAACACGCCAUUCGUUAACUACUGGCCUUUUUCAUCGGUCCAGCUGUUAAAACCAUUCUGAGAAGGAGUGGGUAGAUUUUAUUUCAGGUAUUUUAUGUUUUAACAAAUCUUUGGUAACAUUUUUCAUUGGCAUACGCAUUACUUUUAUUCUGGUUGUUCAUAAACCAGGACUGCUCGUUUAACAUUAUAAACCAUAAGUCAUCUCAUUUGCUGAACAUUCUCUAUCAUGCCUUUUCUUACGUUUCUCAUCAAACUUGUUCAUUUUGUAGCCCUCAAAUAUAAUGCCUCAUUACCAGAUAGUCCUAAAUAAACCAGCUCCCACUAGCCUAAGGACCACAGGCCGUUGCAUAAAGUCCUAUAUUUCCGAACAAUAUGGAUGUUAUGUGAAGAGCGAUAAGUUUCAUGAGGGCACAUGGAGCAUGGAUAAACCACUGGUCCCUGGUCCCUGUCAUUGUCCCCUGUGAAUAUGGAGUCAUCCUGGCUACUGAGAUCAUCUCUUAUCUUAGUCUUAGUCUUGUGGUGAUGAGAGGGUGAGGAGGAGAAUAUUGUAACAUUAGUAUAGAGCCUUCAUCACGUGAUAUGAGUUAGAUGUCACGUGAUAUUGUUGUUUCGAGGUGGGUGGCGGUGUUUAGAAUUGCCAUGAAAAACUUGUUGGAAGCGUGCCAAUUUAUGUGUUACGCACUUCAAUUCUCAUUGGAAUAAGCACCAGCUGAAGUUCGAUGUGUUCAAAUGUUUGAGAAUUUCAGUGAUUCUGCGAGGCUGGGCGUGGUAAUUGAACUAAGGAUAAUAUUCUAAUAACGUAAAAAUCACUGAGUCUGACUAACGCUCUACUCGCUGCAUUUUUGUAAAUUAUAACUAAACUUCGUUGAAAGCAUCUUGAGAACAUGAGAAGAGUUUAUAUUUUUGUUUCAAAAAGUGGGAGAACAUUUGAUUUUUUGAGGGUCGAUCUGUAAUAUUUUCACAUCUGUUUUAGAAGAUCGUGAGGCUGAUAAUUGAUACACUGAUUGAAGGUAUGUAAAGUCUACCUUAUGUGUAAUUGUUCAAAUCGUUUU